AUGUGCUUCUUUGAGAAAAAUUCACAAGAGGAGGAACCACGAAACCAUAUAGAGGUUACUGAAAAGGAAAAGUCACCGUCUCCCACACCAGCGGUGGAGUCCAAAUUCCAGCCGUCCAGUUCAACUAUUGUCAUUCCUUGUUCAAGUCCAUCCUCAGCCCAUGCCCCUUCCCACCAACCUACCCAUCCACAACCUCCACCUCCCCAACCACCUCCGCCCCCAGUCCACCCGGCACCGCCACCCGCCCAUACCGCCCCCAUCGUGUCCCCGUCAAGAGCCAGCAUCCAGGCCACGAUAUCUGCCGGUGUUAGUCUGCCGCCCCAGACCAUCGAGCAUGUGAGAUGGGCAUCGUCCGAAAUGCCGGCCGGUGUCUGGCGGUUUCGGGCCAACAACGGCGAACAAGCAGACAAUCCGAUCAGCGAUGACCAAUGUUCUAACUUCAUCCUAAUCGAGAAGGAGAGGCUGGCUGUUGAGAAGCAGCGGCUACAGGUCGAAAAAGGCCGACUGGACAUUGAGGAGAAACGCUUACAAAUGGAACGAAGACGGUUCAAGAUAGAAAAAAGACGUUUUCAAAUCGAAGAAGCCCUCUAUCUGUCCGGAGGCACAUAG